AUGUCCAUGAUGGAGCAGGCAGUACAUAACAAGGACAUCCACGUACGGCAUGCUGCAAAACUCGCCUCCCUUUCUGCGUGGUCUUCUCAGCAUGUUGGAUGUAUAUUUGAAACAAGAACAGACGAAGACAGUCUUCAAGCCAUCGAUGCCACCUUCUCAAAAAACCUCACUGCCUCCAUAAACGGUGCACCAUUGAAUCGGGAUGGUUUAAAACAACUAGUGCUCACCAUGCGACAUUCAUCUGCAAGGGGGCUCAAUGUAGAGUGGAAGCAAGCUCUUGACGUUGCCAAGGAUCCGAGUACCAACCGAGAGGGUGUGUUUGGUGGCUUUUAUGUCAUCAAGGGGCUGCGCAAGCGAUUGCCUGGCUCAGACAUGCUUGCCGAGUUUGAGCGACAUAAAACGGUGACCGUAAGAAUCGAAUCGGAAUCAUCAGAUCCCUCCGUUGACAGCAGAAAAAUCACUCACCUCGUGUUCGUCGCCAUUGACGUACCGGCUCAACCAAGAGCACACCUGUAA